AUGACCGACCCUAACCUUCUGCAGGGCCAGGCCUUGGAAGCUGGGACGAACGUAGAUCGGCCUCUCGAAGAUUACGUCGACCAAGAUGGCAUCGACCUCGACCUCGACCUUGACCAAGACAUACUCAACUCCCUGAACGAGUUUAAUUUGGUCAACAUCACCGAGGUUUUAGACCAGGACUCCCGCCCAACCUUUGCCGUCGAUCUGGACCCCGACGAAGGUACCACUAUCAACACCGAGAGAAUAUGGCCCAUCUUUUGUAAUUCGGCGCUCCGCUCGCAUGAGCGAUUACUAGAUGUCGUUCUUGGGAAGAGCACCGAGGACCAAGCAGGCACUACAGCGUCAUCGUAUGAGGACUUCAGCAUCUGGGCUACCGGCGUGACCAAAUUUGACGACUCGAAAGAUGUUUUCCCGCUCCAAUUUCAGUUUCGCGAUAUGCUUUGGACCGGUUCGACGGUGCGGAAACGAUGGAGGCUGAUCAGUGGCAACUUGUUGAUGGCCAGUAUCCCGGCGCGUGACUUAUCCCUGGCAGCACCCAAAGACUUCCCGCGGGUAGAGCAGCCUGCCAAGCGGAAGCUCUCAAUGCAAACAGACGCAAGUGGAACGCUCAUCUCAUCAAAGCCACGGACUUCGUUUCCAUCCAAGCUGUCAGGCCCAAGUUCGAGCGAUUCUUCGGCGCUUUGGCAGAAAAGCACUUUGUUUCUUGCCGCUCCCGAUACCUGCACUGACUGGACAGUAGCGGAGAACCAACUCAAAGGAACCUUGACUCCUCAUAUUGCAUUUGCCAGAACGGUUCGGUGGGCUGAUACGCCAUUGGGCGCCAUGGAGAAGUGGUCGCCAGAGUUUCGCCAGACAGCGAACCUCGUCAUGCAAAACCCCCAUCCGUGUGCGCUGUUUUGGGGAAGCGACUUGACGAUGCUUUACAAUGAGGCAUACGCUGUUGAGGUCUCAGGGAAUAAGCACCCCUCUCUCAUGGGGACGGGGUUUUCGGGUCCUUUCUCGGAACUAUGGGAUUCCGUCAGUCCAAUCUUCGCCGAAUGCGCUCGUACAGGAAUAAGCAUACGGAAAGAAGAUGAUUAUCUGCCCAUCGAACGCUUUGGUUUUCUCGAGGAAACAUUUUUCAGUUGGUCAUGGACGCCUCUUUACGGCGGAACCAAUCGAAUCUUGGGUUUCUACAAUGCUCCUUUUGAGACGACACAGAGUGUAUUGAGCCAUCGGAGGAUGAAGACUGUCAACAAGGUCGGCGAAAACGUCUCGCGCGCCAAAACUAUUAAACAGUUCUGGAAAUUGACCCUGGACGGCCUUCAAGACAAUAUUUUUGACGUUCCAUUUGCACUCCUUUACUCCGUUGGGGAGAGCGAAGAAGGGGCAGAUGACACUUCUAUCAGUUCCGGAAGUACUUUAUCCUUGAAGUCUUGUUAUUAUGAAGGAUCUAUAGGAAUCCCCGAGGGUCACGUCGCUGCCCCGCAGCAACUUGAUUUGAAACGUUCUCAGUCCGGGUUUGUCCCGGCCUUCAGGCUAGCAAUGCGGCUCCGGGAUCCUACUUUGUUACACACCAGAGACGGAACACUUCCAGAGGAACUGCUCGACGGGAUCAAUUGGCGGGGCUUUGGAGAUCCGUGUACGGAGGCCAUUAUCUUCCCCGUCAGACCUACAAACGGUGAUAUGGUCUUGGCAUUUCUCUUGAUUGGGGUCAACCCUCGUCGACCUUAUGACAACGGAUAUAAGGCUUUCGCAAUUAUACUACAUCGUCAACUGGCCACAUCGCUUGCUUCCUUUAUGCUUUAUGAGGAGGAGGUACGCCGUAACAGAGACGCGGCCGAAGCAGCAGCUCUUGAACAAGCGCAACUAUCACAACAAUUGGCCAUGCAGACCAGUCGUCUGCGGCGCAUGACCGAGCUCUCGCCAUUAGGCAUGUUUCUCGUAAGCCCGGAAGGCGUCCUCCAAGAGGGGAAUGAUUGCUAUUUCACAAUGACGGGACACCCAAGGGACAAUCUCUACGAAAUGUCAUGGAUGGAACAACUCGAAGAAAGUAGCAGGAAGACGAUGGAAGAGGCAUGGCGCCAGAUGGUGGAAGGCCGCAAGUCGUGGUCCGGCGAGGUCCAACUCAAAAAGUUCAACGUCCAUCCGGUCGACUUGAAUGACGAGGCCAUCGAAUAUUGGGUUUUGGUAACCGCCCAACCCGAGAUCGCUUCUGAUGGCUCGGUGCGAUCCGUCAUGGGGUCUUUGAUAGACGUGUCCCAUGUUCGCUGGGCACGAGGUUUGCAAGACCGACGACUUCAGGAAGCCGAAGAAACAAGGCGCCAGCAAAACGAAUUCAUCGAUAUUACUUCCCAUGAGAUGAGAAACCCGUUGAGUGCAAUCUUGCAAUGCGCUGACGAUAUUGUAUCCACGUUGAUAUCGCAUUGCUCGAGGGAUGCGCCAAUGAGUACUGUGGACGUGGAGAGCUGCCUCGACGCGGCACAAACCAUUUCGUUAUGCGUCCAACACCAAAAAUCCAUUGUGGACGACAUUCUGACCGUUUCAAAACUCGACUCAAAUCUGCUAGUCAUCACACCUAUAGUAGCGCAGCCGAUCGAAAUUAUCCGCCGCGUUCGCCGAAUGUUCGUUCCCGAGCUGCAAAGUAAAGAUAUCCAAAUGGAAAUCAACAUUGACUCUUCAUUUGGAGAACUGGACGUCAACUACGUCACUUUAGAUCCAAGUCGUGUCCUCCAGGUACUCAUAAACCUCGUCACGAAUGCAAUCAAGUUCACUGCGCCUGCUGCCACCACGCCAAAACGAAUUGUGAUAUCUGUUGGAGUGUCUAACGACCCGCCCUUAACUGUUAAACCUCGACUGUCGGACUUCCAAUAUAUUCCACCCAGAUCUCCCAACGUCACCGUCGCUGCUGACGACUAUGACUGGGGGCCGGGUGAGGUGCUGUACCUGGCAUUCGACGUCGCGGAUACCGGGAUCGGUCUCACACCCGACGAAAAACGAGUUUUGUUUGAGCGUUUCUCGCAGGCUUCGCCUCGCACACACGCACACUACGGUGGCAGUGGUCUGGGACUGUUCAUCUCGCGUCAGUUGGCAGAGCUUCACGGGGGCCAAAUCGGCGUCGCUUCCAAAGCUGCGUCUGGUAGCACCUUCGGUUUUUUUAUCAAAGUAGGAAGAGCCGGUCCGCCUGACAACAACCCAGUCUCCAUCAUGUCGGAAGAUACCCUACCGAUAGAGUGCGAUGUGGUCGGAGAAACUGCUCUCUCCCAGCCUGCCGUCCCCCAGCGGCAAGACUUCGCUUCGGUUAACAGCGCGACGUCAGGACUCGCCGCAGCGAAAGUGGUUCCGAAAUCCGUUUUCGAUCCACGGAAUAUCGAUAUCCUUGUCGUGGAGGACAACCUUGUGAACCAGAAUGUUUUGGUCAAGCAGCUGAAGAAGGUGGGCAGCGGAGUCAGCGUUGCUAAUAAUGGACUCGAAGCCCUUAAUUUCCUUCGUGAGACAGAGUAUCAAAAGCCAGGGGGUCAGCGGCUGUCUGUCAUUCUAAUGGAUCUUGAAAUGCCUGUCAUGGACGGGCUUACAUGCGUGCGAACAAUUCGGAAGAUGGAAAAGGAGGGUGCCUUCAACAAGCAUGUGCCCGUCAUCGCCGUAACUGCCAACGUGAGACAGGAGCAGAUUACGGCCGCCAAAGCAAGCGGGAUGGACGAUGUCGUCUCGAAGCCUUUCCGAGUACCUGAUCUGAUGAAGAAGAUUGGGAUACUUUUGGCAGCAAGCGAUACCACCUCUAGUGGUCAUGACAGUUGA